AUGGCUAAUAUAGCUGGGCUGAGUUCUGCGAGCGUCAACCCCAACAAAUCCUACGAGGUACCAUAAUUUUUUCCAACAUACUUACUUUGCCAGGUUGGACUUUACAAUUUUUUUCUGUUAACACUCUCAUCGUUGUGAAUGCCACGUUUCAACAUAGAUUACAGCUCGAAAGAGAAAUGUUUCUGACUUGGUUACCAUUUACUUUCUACUACCAGGUUACUCCAUCUCCAGCAGAUUCAAUUUCUAGUCUCAACUUCAGUCCAAAGGGCAAUUAUCUCAUCUCCACUUCUUGGGAUAAUCAAGUUUCGUGAGGGCUAUAAUUUUAUUGAAACUUUCAUGGAAUUGGUUUCGGAUUGAUGUUUGGCAUUCUCCUGAUGAAUUUGUGUUUCUUUACGUUACUGAGUUUCAGGUUAGGUGUUGGGAGAUUUUGGCGGGAAGCAGUCAAGCAAAAGCAUCAAUUUCUCAUGAUCAGCCUGUAUGUUUUUACUCUAUGUGACUAUACUUGAUUCAUAUCGCUGAAUUUUAAGUUCUGAUUUGUGCUUCUUCAAAGUUAAUGUUUAAACGGUUUUUCAAUAAUUCUUGCACAGGUAUUGUGCUCUGCUUGGAAGGAUGAUGGGACAACAGUGUUCUCAGCUGGGUGUGAUAAGCAGGCCAAAAUGUGGCCCUUGCUUUCUGGGGGUCAACCUGUGACAGUGGCCAUGCAUGAUGCACCUAUUAAAGAAGUUGCCUGGAUUCAACAAAUGAACCUUCUUGUGACUGGGAGCUGGGAUAAAACUCUGAAGUAUGCGUGCAUUGCCUUUCUAUAACUCUGCGGACGUCCUGAUUUGUAAAUUUUAGAUUCUUCUUAAGCAGUCAUGGACGAUAUUUUAAUAUUUUUUUCUAUUUUUCCAUCCUUUUCAUAUCUCAGAAGUCAAUUUUUUGGUGUAUGAUCCCUGUGGUUUUCAUUUCAGUUGCUCGUUAUCUGUGAAUUUGUCUUUGUUAUUAGCAGAGCACUACGCUCCAGAAUCACAUAUAAUCGGCAGAAUCACAGUUUUAUACCACUUCACACUCAAUCUAAUGAAUUUUGGUUGUCGUAGUUACUUCACAGGAAGCUUCUCCCCGUCUAUUACCUGUUUCUCCUUCAAUCAAUGAAUAUCGUUGAUUGGAGCUGUCCUUUUGUUUCAGCUAUUAUUUUUUAAGCUAUAUAAUCUUCUCCUUUUUUCCCAUAAGUAUUGUACCUCAUUUAUUCCUUCCUGGCUUCGUUUAUCAAUAGAAUUGCAUUCUCUGGAGAUAUCAUUGAGUUUACCGUAAAAUUAGCGUUGAUGCAAACCAAAUGUCAUUAGGAAGUCAUUCUUGUUGCUAUAUUGGCAUUUUCUUAUUUAUACAUGUCCUUGGUGAUAUUUGUAUACAAUUGGAAUCAUGAUAUUUUUGAAAAAUAAUGUCUUUCAGCAUUUUAUCAUGAAAUUGCCCCAUGCUGCUACUAUACCCUUAAUUUAUUUAAUUGAUACUACAUAUAUAUUUUUUAUAAAUUUGGUCCAAUAUUUAUCUUAGUUGUAAAAUCUUUUCAGCAAUCAAUGUUCUCGGUAAGAAUCAAACUUUGCAUUUCUGUAAUGGCGUAUGCAUUUUCUUCUUGAAUUUCAAGCAUUCUGGGUGUCCCUCGUGCGAACUAGUUUUCAGUGGCACGUGGGGCAUUGUUUCCUAAUCUCAGCUGGAGUGAGACUCCUGUCCGGAAAAUGUGAAAAGCAUUUAGAGAAAUUCACUAUUGAACUUUUUUUUUCUCCUGUUAGUUGUACUUUUGCUGAAAUAAUUAUGAAAUGACUAUGGAGUACGAUAGUAAUAAUAAAAAUAAUAAAUAUUGAUUCCUCGUGAUGCUUACAGACUAACACUUUUGGAUGACUAAUUUUAUCAAACAGAAGCUUAUUUUAUUCUCUACAUUAACUCUAGUGCCAAACUGAUGUGCACAAUCAUUUUCAUCUUCUCUGAUAAAUCUUUAACCACUGAACAAUAACUUAAUAGUUUUCUAACUGCAUCUAAGUGCUUGUAUCCUGAUUUUUAGUGUCAUUAUCUUUGUUGUUGUUGAAAUUGAGGCCUCAUUUUUUCACAGUUUUCAUGAGUAUUUUUGACCUUUGUGUGAUUUGUGCCUGAGAACAUUAUUAAUUUCGUUUUUUUCCCCACUGAUUAACUGUUCACUGUCUAAAUUGAAAAUAAGUAAUAUUUUGACUUGCAUUCCUCUUGUUCCAUUUAUAUAUAAUUGACAUCAAAUCAUUUUUAUGUAGGUAUUGGGAUACCAGACAACCAAAUCCAGUUCAUACACAGCUACUUCCUGACCGUUGUUAUGCACUUACAGUCCAAUAUCCUUUAAUGGUUGUUGGUACAGCAGACCGAAAUUUGGUUGUCUUUAAUUUGCAAAAUCCUCAGGUAUCAAACACAAUGUUCAUUUUCAUCCGUUGUGUGGAUAUGCCAAUGUUGAAAUGGUUUCUUUCCCUUUUUUUAUGUUCUCUCCCCAGUCUAUCCAAGACCUUUUCCAGUUGUCCUUAAGCUUAAGCAAACCUGUUAACGUCUUCCCUGCUUGCAUAUGUGUCUUCAAACAAGAUCCUUCGCUACCCACUUCCUGUGCUCAUUGCGUAUUGAUAGGCUUCUGUUGCUUAAGAUUACCUUGUCACGAACGUCGAAACAUCUCACAGAGAUGUGGAUGCCCAAAAUGUUAACAUGUACUGACUCUUUGAUCAUUCCUCAGGUUUACCCUAUACUUAGGAGGUCAACCAUUGCAUCAGUAUCACUUGUGGUUGUUAUUAUUCUUGAGAAAAUAAUGAUGCUCGAUUAUGAGGAACCUGAGGAUAGGCGUUCAAACAGAACAAAUUUAGAUGAUAUAUCCCUGUACAGUGAGCAACGAUCCAUGACAAUGAAGUUAUAUAAUAAUAGUGUGAAUGGGUAUUUGUUGACAUCUAACUCCCUUUGGCAUUGAAUUUGAGACAGCCAAAUUUUAAUAAUAGGAAAAUGUUUCCUUUUUCAAAUGUUAUUGUUAACUAGUUAUUGUUGAUCAUUUCAUAUUCCGGACCAUGAUGUUUCAUGUUUUUCUUGACCUCGAACAGACCGAAUACAAGCGUAUAAUGUCACCUCUCAAAUACCAAACAAGAUGUGUCGCUGCAUUUCCUGAUCAGCAAGGAUUCUUGGUAAAUUUUUAAUUCUUUAAUUACUCAAAUGAUUCCGUGUGAAUGUUGCUUUGGAUCAUUGUCUUUCCUCCUUAUUUGUGAAUCACUCCAUACCUUUAGAAUUCCAAUAUCCUGGAUGCUUAUCUCUUCAAAAUAAGAGUAGAAUGACGAGUGAAGACACAUUUCUCUCGGAGGUUUUCAUCAAGAUUGAGCUAUUUUACUUUAGAUUUUGAAAAAUCAAGAAACAAAUCAGUGAUACCGUAGUGGAGAGUCUCAACGAAUUCACAAGCAGUACAAGGCUACUUACUUGACGUGUAAUGGAGAAAUGAUCAAUAUCACUCUUAAUUCCUGAAUUAUGUGUACACAUGUCUUUUUCGUUUGUCUUCUAAAAAAUCAUAAUCAUCAUCAAAUUGCCUUGGAAAAUCUCAACGAGUUCACAAGCAGUAGAAGGCUACUUACUUUACGUGUAAUGGAGAAAUGAUCAUUAUCAUUCUUAAUUCUGAUUGUGUACAAAUUUCUUUUUCGCUUAUUUCUUCUAAAAAAAGAAAUUAAUAGUCAUCAUCAAAUUGCUUGGAGAAUCUCAACGAGUUCACAAGCAGUAGAAGGCUACUUACUUUAUGUGUAAUGGAGAAAUGAUCAAUACCAUUCUUAAUUCCUGAAUUUUUGUGUACAAAUGUCUUUUUCGUCUAUUUCUUCUAAAAAAACGAAACUAGUAAUCACCAUCAAAUUGGCUUUGAGUUCCUGCAAAAGUAUUGAUUUGUUUAGCAAAUUCCAACUGUCGGCAUUAUGCACUUUGACUUCCUGGAGUUAUUGGUUAUGAAUUUGGUGAUUUCCCUUCAAAACAAUAUCCCCUCCAACAUUUCUUCAUGCCGCUGUCAGUAUGAGCUGAAGUCAGAUAAUUUAUUUCUUGUCAGGCUGAGAAGUGUUAGGGGCAGGUUGGGUAACGUUAGGGUCAGGCUGGGGAGCGAGGGAUUCUGCUUCAUGCAAGUUGUUUAGAUUGAAAGGCAUAAUAGCAUACACUACGUAUAUAGGAUUAGUAAGACCAAAGAGGGGUCUCUUUUCAUGAGGAAACAUGAUAGUAUAUAUGUGCGUGGAUAUGCCUUUGUUUGGCUUUGUCAUGCACUACACUUUGCCAUCAUUCUUUACCGAAUGCUCGACUUCUCCGUGAAUUUUCAAAAGAACAUUAUGCAGGAAUCUUCACUUGUGUGGUAUCCUGAUGCAAGCCCCCUGCUGAGGAAAAAAGUGAUGCUGUUGGGACGUGGCAAUGAGUCCUGGAUAGAAUGCAGUUGUAAAAAUCUCAGCUCAAAGAAAUUCGACAACUUUACACUGGAGGAAGGCGUACUGUUGAUAUUCAAGAUAAUAGGACGUGGUACUUACCGAAGCUGUUGGGAUCUGAUGUACUUGGGGUUUCCACUACUGGAUGGUCAAAUCAUUAUACAUUUUGGAAUUUUGUUCUUAGAAGUUUUGAUCGGAGGCCAGUGUUGGAAAGCUAGGAUGAUCCUUCUGCAUUAUUGGGAGAGCCCAUAGAAUUCCUUUCUGUAUCAGAAAAUUUAGAGGACGUAUUUUCUUAUGUACCAUUCAGUGAUAAGCUUUAUCAUAGAUACUAAAAAUCUAGCACGUUGCUGGGUUAGAGGCGAUUUGGCGGUACGUUGACACCACUGUUAUAUGCUAAAUUGUAUGUUGGUUUGGUGCUGAACUUUUUAAAAUUUCAACUGUUUUAAAUUGGAUGCUGGUUUUUAAAUUUAUGCUAGUGUCUAAUUUACACUUCUCGUUGCUCUUGUAUCAUCUUUCUGCUCCACACAGCUUUUAAUCCUAUGAGUAUUGUUCUUGACAUAUAUCUAUCUCUAUUUUAUUUCUCUUGCUUGCAGGUGGGAUCCAUAGAGGGAAGGGUUGGUGUGCAGCAUUUGGACGAUGCCCAACAAAGUAAAAACUUCACAUUCAAAUGCCACAGAGAAGGAAAUGACAUCUACUCUGUUAAUUCAUUGAACUUUCAUCCCGUAAGUUCUAAUCCUAUGAUGAAGUUGGGGAUUUCCUGUUUGUUUUUUCAUCUGGACUUUGUUUAUUUCCGUUUUUUUUUUCUUCAUGCUCACGCAUUAUUAUUACGUUUGUGAGAAGAGAUAUUUACUUGUUACCUUAUGAGGUAACAACCUCUUCCAGAAUGAGGUUUAUCUUUUCUGCUUGUGUUCUUUUCAGCUUGACAAGAUUAGAAACUCAUUCUAGAUGUUGCUUAUUUGAUGGGAGUGUCUGAUACUUCCCGUCUUACUCAAUCAACAACUACCUCCCUUUGCAAUUGCAUACAGUUUGCCAAACUCAGUCUGUCGUUGAGAUUCUCUGCAUGAAACUGAUUCUUCCGUGUAUAAUCUACUACCUCUUCUUAGAGUUGGUAAUGCGUUUCAUUUUUAGAUAUUUUAUUUUAUUUUUCCGCAGAUUUCAGAUUGAUUUGUCUAUUUUCUGUUCUGCAGGUACAUCACACAUUUGCAACAGCAGGGUCUGAUGGUGCUUUCAAUUUCUGGGACAAAGACAGCAAACAGAGGCUCAAGGUAUGCUCUCCACUAGGAAUAAAUGUAUACAGAUGCCAUUUUGGGGAAAUUACAUGAAGUAUUUUCGAAUGUAUUAUUCGUUAUUAUGAUUAUUCUUCACGCCACUGAAUUUCAAUUUUUUCAAGUUUAUCAUCCUACUCCGUUCACAUACCUGAUCACAUCAGCUGACAUAAGGGGGACCCCCGCCCAUCAGAUGAAUUUCUCACCCACAGAAUUUUCAUGGAAAACCAUCCUGUAGACAGACUUGCACGCAUAUUAUUUGCUUAUGAAUCUGCUCACAGAAGCAACGCCUUUGGGAGCUAUCCAACAUCGAAUAGUAUUCUGUGCGAUGCUCACAGUUUCGAUUCUCAAGUGUCUUGAAACAACAGUGAGUAAAAAUCUGCAGUGACAUGGUGUUGAGCCUGGAUAUUGGUGAUUGAUAUGAAUGGUUUAAUUCCAUGAGAGCCGGGAUAUGCAUGUGAGAUGCUGCUGUCACUGGCUACUUUCUUUUUAUUGAUGCAUGAGAAAAUACCACCGCACAUAUGGUAGUAGUAUCUAACGGUAAGUAAAAUCCUCUGCUUGCCUGGUAGAAAAAACUAUGCUAGAAUAUUGAGUCUCCUCUCAGGAGUGUUCGUCGGAUGAUGAGAAAUAACUAGGAACGUCUCUCCGAAUGAAGAUUCUUCUAGAUUUUUUGUUGUCUCACGACGCAAUUGUUUUCAUUUAUUUAUUUAUUUAUUUUGCGUGCGCAUUAUGAAUCGUGUUAUUCUAGUAAUGUUAUGGGCAGGAACAGUAUUUCAUCGGUGUAGUAUUUCUUGAUCGGUGCAGAUUACAUCCCGGAUUUUCUCUAUAAUUAUUUUUAUUACUCCUGCAUUUUCCUUUUGUCAGGCUUUCUCGAGGUGCAAUCUCCCCAUCCCCUGCAGCACCUUCAAUCAUGAUGGCUCUGUGUUCGCUUAUGCUGUAUGUUUCAUCAACCCUCUCUGACCCAGAAUAUAUAUAUAUAUAUGUAUAUACAUACAUUAUUCAAGAUAAAAUAAAAUAAAAAAUCAUUGCAUGCUGUUUUUCUGAUGUAUAAUAUUAAUAAUAAUUCAUAACUAAUCAGUAGAUAUAUGUUUAUGUGUUAAACAUUAAUGAAGGCAAGGUCUACGGUGAUGUGCAGGUGUGCUAUGACUGGAGCAAGGGUGCUGAGAACCACAAUCCGGCCACGGCGAAGACCCAUAUCUACCUCCACACUCCCCAGGUUUGCUUUAUUUUAUUCUCUCUCUCUCUCUCUCUCUCUCCUCUGGAUCAAAAUCCCACCUUUUUUCGUUUAGCAAGGAAUGGUCUGCCCCAGCGCCGUCUGGGCUUUCCUGGCUCAGGCCCGAAAAUCAAGCUCAGAAAGAAAAAAAGGCCCAGGCCCGGUUCCCAUUCGGGCCUUUGAUACAGUAGUACGGGAUGGAAGAAGCCCAAAGCUCUCUCUCUCUCUCUCUCUCCUUUCAUAAGCUUUGGGCCCAUCGUCUGGGCUUCUCUAUUACCAUCCAUUUUUUCAUGACUGAUAUUCCACACGUUGGUGUUGGUUAUUUCUUCAUAUUAUCUUUACCAUUUUCGUGGCCCCUCUUUCCCUUCUGCUGACCCAUCAUCACUCUCCCAUGAUCUCUCUCUCUCUCUCUCUCUCUGGUGGGCAGGAAUCCGAGGUGAAGGCGAAGCCGCGCAUCGGGACCAGCGGGAGGAAGUGA